CUCCUGCGCGCGUGGCACCCAUCAUGGUGCCAACUCCGGUUUCCUGAAAGGUGCGGGCUCUGGGCAGCGCAUCCACUUUGGGAGAACCGUGGGUUUAGGGCAGCGCAACCUCCUGCCUGAGAACCGCUAGCUGGGUAUGACUUAGGGCGCGGGAACGGUGAGGCCUGGGGUGACAGAAGCCAAAGAAGAAGACCCGAGAAAAAGCUACAGAAUGAGUUUCCGCAAGGAGGACGGAGUGAGCAGCUUGUGCCAAAAGGCGCUGCACAUCGUCACGGAGCUGUGCUUUGCGGGCCAGGUGGAGUGGGACAAGUGCUCUGGGAUCUUCCCCCGGGACAGGAGCAGCCAGGGCGAAGGCAGCACAGAUAUUUCAGUCAGCUUGUUAGCAGUUGUUGUCAGCUUCUGUGGCCUAGCCUUGCUGGUUGUCUCACUUUUUGUCUUUUGGAAGUUAUGCUGGCCAUGCUGGAAGAGCAAACUUGUGACUCCCAAUGUCAGCAACCUUCCACAGAGCAUUUCAAAUGCUCCAACUGAAGUUUUUGAGACUGAAGAGAAAAAAGAGGUUAAAGAAAAUGGAAAGCCAGCACUAAAAGCUAUUGAGCCUGCAAUAAAAAUCAGCCACACUUCCCCUGAUAUUCCAGCCGAAGUACAAACUGCUUUAAAAGAACACUUGAUUAAACAUGCUCCUGUACAAAGACAAACCACAGAGCCUACGUCUUCAUCCCGCCACAAUUCCUUCAGGAGACACCUGCCAAGGCAAAUGCAGGUCUCCAGUGUCGACUUUAGCAUGGGCUCUGAGCCUGCUUUUCAAAGAGGAGAAACAACAACCAGCAUUGGAAGGAUAAAGCCAGAGCUCUACAAGCAGAAGUCAGUUGACUCUGAGGGCAACAGAAAAGAAGAUGUGAAGACCUGUGGGAAACUGAACUUUACCCUCCAGUAUGAUUAUGAAAAUGAGCUUCUAGUUGUGAAAAUAAUCAAAGCCUUAGAUCUACCUGCUAAAGACUUCACAGGAACUUCUGAUCCUUAUGUGAAGAUAUAUCUUCUUCCAGACAGGAAAAUGAAAUUUCAGACCCGUGUGCACAGAAAGACUCUAAAUCCUCUAUUUGAUGAAACUUUUCAGUUUCCUGUAGCAUAUGAUCAACUAAGCAACCGAAAACUGCAUUUCAGUGUAUAUGAUUUUGACAGAUUUUCUAGACAUGACAUGAUUGGAGAAGUGAUUCUUGAUAAUUUGUUUGAAGUCUCUGAUCUCUCCAGGGAAGCCACAGUGUGGAAAGAUAUUCAUUGUGCUACCACAGAAAGUAUAGACCUAGGUGAGAUCAUGUUUUCCCUUUGCUAUUUGCCGACCGCUGGACGUAUGACCUUGACAGUCAUCAAGUGCAGAAAUCUAAAGGCAAUGGAUAUUACUGGUUCAUCAGAUCCUUAUGUUAAAGUGUCUCUGAUGUGUGAAGGCCGAAGAUUAAAAAAACGGAAAACAACUACAAAGAAAAAUACUCUCAACCCUGUGUACAAUGAAGCAAUUAUUUUCGACAUCCCUCCAGAGAAUGUGGACCAGGUCAGCCUGUGCAUAGCGGUCAUGGAUUAUGACAGGGUGGGACACAAUGAGGUCAUUGGAGUAUGUAGAACAGGAUUGGAUGCUGAGGGUCUUGGGCGAGACCACUGGAAUGAAAUGCUGGCCUACCACAGGAAGCCAAUAACACAUUGGCACCCUUUACUAGAGUUACCUGGCCGGGCAACAAGUUUUGAUAGUCAAGGAUCCUGUUCUUCUCCCAAACUACCUUCCACACCAUAAAGUCUUCAUUCUUGAUCUAUUGAUAAAAGCUACGAUGUCCC